UUGAAUGUUCUAUGGUCAUCUGGCAAGUGACAGUUGGGAAGCGGGAGACUUAGAUAGUUAGGUUAGAACAUAUAGAAGAACGAAGUAAAACGUGUUCUCAAAACUAAUCGUGUUUUAUUUAAAUAAUAAUAUUAAAGCUAACCUGAAACAUGGUGUCAGGUGUGAAUUAACAAGAAGAGUGAGUUUAAUAAAUAUAAAAUACAGAACUUUAGUUGAGAAUAAGAUUUUAAUAUGGAUUCAAGCGGAUUUAAACCGCCAUCAAGUCUUGUAUUUGAUCAAAACCUUCAUAAAAAUUAUGAGAAGUUUAAACAACAUUUCGAAAUUUACUUAAAAGCAACCGAAUUAAGUGGAAAGUCAGAUGAACGCAAAAUCGCUUUGUUUUUAAACUCCGCUGGUGAGGAGGCUAUAGAAGUAUUCAGCACAUUAAGUCUAUCAGAAGAUCAAAAAGAAAAUUACAAAGAAGUCAUAGCAGCUUUUGACAAUUAUUGUAAACCACGCAAUAAUGAAACGUUUGAUCGUUUCAAAUUUUUCUCAAGAAAUCAGGCAGAGGGAAAAAGCAUGGAUCAUUUUAUAAAAGACUUGAAAUUAUUAGCUAAACCGUGCAAUUUUGGAACUCAAGAAGAUAGUCUUAUAAGAGAUAGAAUAAUUUUAGGGGUCCAAGAUCAUAAUUUGCAAGAAAAACUAUUGGGAAUAAAUAAUUUAAAUCUGGAAACUGCAGAAAGCACUUGUAGAACAACAGAAGCUACUAAGCUUCAAGCAAAAGAUUUAAACAAGGAAGAAGUGAAUUUAAUUCGAAGAAGAGGAUACAGUCAAGGUGACCCUAGUACUAGCGACAGUGGCAAUAAUAACGGAAGAGAGUACAGGUGCUUGAAAUGUGGCAGAAGACACACCAAAGGCAAGUGUUUUGCUUUCGGAAAAAACUGCGCUAAGUGUGGACUGGAAGGACAUUUUGCUGUAGGAUGCAAAACAGGAUACAAUAAAAAAGAUAACUUUAGUAACAGUAAGAUAAAUAAGAACAAAGGUAAAUAUUUUAACAGUCACAAUAGAAAUAUAAAUAGUAAUCAACAUGUAAAUCUUGUUGAUGAAAAUGAUUCGAGUGAUGAAGAUUUUGUUAUUAACAAUCUAACUGUAUUCAAUAUUUAUGAGAAUGAUAAUUCAGAACUUGAAAAAAUAUGGACAGAAAAUGUAUGUAUUGAUAAUAGUGUAAUUAAGUUUAAGAAUAAAAAGUUGUUUGAAGGUACUGGUAAGGUUCCGUUUAAAUAUAGGAUUUUAUUAAAAGAGGGUUACAAACCAGUUGUAAGUAAUUUCAGAAGAGUCGCUGAAAAAAUUAAAGGAAAGCUAAAAAACACUUUGGAUGAGUUAGUAGACAAAGAUAUAAUUGAGAAGGUCGAUGAACCUUCAGAAUGGGUAAGUAAUAUAGUAUGUGUCGAAAAACCUAAUUCAGACAAGUUAAGAAUCUGUUUAGACCCUAUACAUUUAAAUAAGUAUAUUUGUAUAGAUAGGCAUCCUAUACCAACAACAGAAGAAAUAGGCUUAAAAUUAAGAGGGAAAAGUAUCUACAGUGUGAUAGAUAUGUCAGAUGCCUUCUAUCACAUAGGAUUGGUUAAAGAUAGCCAAAAAUUAUGCACAUUUAUAACACCAUUCGGUAAAUAUCGUUUUAAGAGGUUAUGUUUUGGUCUAUCAUGUAGUCCAGAAGUUUUCCAACGAGUAAAUGAAAGAAUUUUCGGAGAUUUAAAUAUCCCAAUAUAUUUUGAUGACUUAAUAAUUGCUGGUAAAGACGAAAGAAAACAUGAUUUGAUAAUGAAUAAAGUACUAGAGAGAGCUAAACAGUUUAAUGUAAGAUUUAAUGCUAACAAGUUACAAUACAAAGUAAAGGAAGUAAAAUACUUGGGGCAGGUUUAUUCCAAAGAGGGGAUAAAACCAGAUAAUUCAUAUGUAGAGGCAAUAAUGGCUUUAGAAGCGCCAAAAAAUAAAAAAGAAUUGAUGAGAAUUCUGGGCAUGGUAAAUUACUUAACGAAAUUUAUACCAAAGAUGUCAGAAAUAGUAGCACCUUUAAGAGGUUUAAUAAAAAAUAACGUAAAUUUCUUGUGGACUGCUGAUCAUGAAAAUACAUUUAGCAAUAUGAAAGAAGUUAUAGGUAAUUUACCAACCCUUAAAAUAUUUAACCCAAACUUACCUAUUACAGAACAAAGUGAUAGUUCCCAGUAUGGAGUGGGAGGGUGCCUUAUGCAAGGAGGUCAACCCAUAGCAUUUUGCUCAAGACGUCUUACUGAAACCGAGACAAGGUACGCACAAAUAGAAAAGGAGUAUUUAUCAAUUUGUUUUGGUCUAAUUAAGUUUCAUCCGUUUGUUUACGGUAAUAAGAUAACAGUACAAACCGAUCACAAGCCAAUAAUUGGCAUUCAGCAAAAAGAUAUUAAUAAAAUUACGUCCAGACUACAGAGAAUGCGCUUGAAAAUCUUAAAAUAUAAUUUCGAAGUUGAGUACAUACCAGGUUCAAAGAUGUAUAUAGCUGAUCUUUUAAGUAGGUCAUUCAUAAAAGACAAAGUAAAUGAAGAUUGUGAAAUGGAAGAGGUUGUGCAUACGAUUGACAUUGAAAGACCCAUUACAAAUAGUCGAUUAGCUGAGGUAAGCAAGGAAACUCUGUAUGAUAGUACUCUUAAAAAAGUUACUGAAUAUUGCAUUAAAGGUUGGCCAGAUAAAAAAGUAUUGGAUAACACUGAACUAAAGCAGUAUUAUAAAAUAAAAGACGAUCUACUGGUUCGCCAUGGAAUUUUAUUUUUCAACGAGCGAAUUUGCGUACCCAAAAAACUACAAAAUCAUAUGACUAGAGAGCUACAUAAAUCCCAUUUUGGCAUGGAAAAAACAAAGAAGUGGGCAAGGAAAAUAUUAUACUGGCCGGGUAUAAUAACUGAUAUUGAAAAUUUUAUUUCAAGGUGUCGCAUAUGUGAGAAAUUCAGCAGAAAUAAAAUAAAAGAACCGCUAAUACCGCACGAGGUACCUAAAUAUCCAUUUGAGAUAGUGGGGUCUGAUAUAUUAGAAUACGCAUCAAAAUAUUAUUUAGUUGCAGUCGAUUACUACAGCAAUUGGAUUGAAUUGAAAGAAAUACAAAGAAAAAGUAUAGAUGAAAUCUUAAAACAAUUAAAAGUAAUAUUUUCUAAUUUUGGAUUACCUGCAAAGUUUAUAUCUGAUAACAAUCCCUACAACAGCUUCAAAUUUAAAGAAUUUUGUAAUCAAUACAAUAUACAAUGUGUUUUUACGAGUCCCCGGUACCCAAAGUCGAAUGGGUUGGCUGAAAAAGCCGUACACAUAUGUAAACAGUUAUUAAAAAUGUGUAACAAUGAAGACGAAAUAUUUGUUCAUUUGUUAAAUUACAGAGUUACACCACUAUGUGGUCUUGAGGCCUCACCUUCAGAGUUAUUACAAAGCAGGUUACUAAGAACAGGUUUGCCUAUAUCCAACAAAUUAUUGGAACCCAAAACCACUAACGAGUAUGGGAAAAAAGUAGAAAGAAAGUUGGCAGUAAAAAGCUAUCAUGAUAAAUCUGCACGUAGCAGCUCAGAUUUUAACGAAAAUCAAGAUAUACUAUUUAAAUUGAGGAAGGAUGGGUAUUGGACACCGGGAAAAGUCUUAUCAAAUACUAAUACUCCACGAUCAUACUUGGUGAGUGAUGAAAAUGGCAGGGUUUAUAAAAGAAAUUCUUCCUUUCUAAAAAAUACAAAAAAUCCAACGGUUAUAAAUGCGUCAAACAACAACGAAAAUAUAAACAUAAACUGUAAACCUGGUAGUGCUGAUGAAUCAAGUGAGAACACUUGUUUGUCUAAUAGAACUGAUGUAUAUAAUGAAAACGGUUGUGGAACUAAUAAUAAUAAAACGGCAAAUGAAUGUACAAGUGUCAAGGAAGCAGAUAGCAAAUGCACAAGAUCAGGUCGGGUCGUCAAUGUACCAAAUAGGUUAAGAGACUAUUAUACAUAG